CGCGUAGCGUGUCCGGGUAACCCCAGUUUGCACGUCGCCUUCCUAUUUGGGACAGUUGGGCAAUUUCGCAGAUAGCCCGUCACAAACGGCGACGCACGCGGGGGAUGCGCGGGCCGGGUAACCCCUGUUUGUCGCUUGGUUGCCUAUUUGGACGAAAGAGGGUUAUUUGCGGCAGGAGAUUUGUGUGAGGUGUGUGCGCGGGGUGCCGGAUGUGGAAGGUGUGACUGGUGAUUUGGGAGGGUUGAGCGAGGCGAGGGAGGGCGCCGGGCGAUGGAGGAAGGAGGAGGGUGAAAAAAAAUGUCACCAUGCCAUAGUAAAGCGGACGGUUAUGUGUUGAUUUGAUAAAACGUAUUAGUGGCUUUUCCGUCUACUCUGCUCUCUGCUCUGUCUCCCUUUCGUUUCCUUUAGUCCAAGUCCACAGAUUCACCGGUCCACCCAUAUCCAUCAUGUCUGACGUCGAAGAACAACAACAAUUCGAAGAAGAAAUUGUUUCUGAACCAGUUGAAAUUCAAUACGUUGAAUUAGCAACCCCAAUCCCAAAGGACGUCCAAGAGGGCUCCGCUGAGGUCAAGCUUUUCAACAAGUGGACCUUCGAAGACAUUGUUGUCAAGGACAUCUCUUUGACCGACUACAUCCAAGUCAGACAACCAGUCUUCGUUUCCCACACUGCUGGUAGAUACGCCACCAAGAGAUUCAGAAAGGCCCAAUGUCCAAUCAUCGAAAGAUUGACCAACUCCUUGAUGAUGAACGGUAGAAACAACGGUAAGAAGUUAAAGGCCGUCAGAAUUAUCAAGCACGCUAUGGAAAUCAUCCACGUCUUGACCGACCAAAACCCAUUACAAGUCAUUGUCGACGCCAUCGUCAACACCGGUGCUAGAGAAGACACCACCAGAAUCGGUUCCGCCGGUGCUGUCAGAAGACAAGCUGUCGAUGUCUCCCCAUUGAGAAGAGUCAACCAAUCUAUUGCUUUGUUGACCAUCGGUGCCAGAGAAGCUGCCUUCAGAAACAUCAAGACCAUUGCUGAAUGUUUGGCCGAAGAAUUAGUCAACGCUGCUAAGGGUUCCUCCACUUCUUACGCCAUCAAGAAGAAGGAUGAAUUAGAGAGAGUUGCCAAGUCCAACCGUUAAGAAAAUUUGCAUGGUAUCCAUCUGUACUACUUUCUUUUCAACCUUUCCCUC